AAUAGUUACACCAUACUUACAGGUACUCUCUCUCUUCCAGAAAUUCUCUCUCUCUCAGUUGUCCGGAGGUGCGGAGAUCUUUCCGUCAAGACUCACUAGCUUCCUCACAAUGGACUAUUGCCCUUCGGUUAAGAAUGUUUUACUUCUGGAUUCGGAAGGAAAGCGUGUUGCUGUCAAGUACUAUACAGACGACUGGCCUACGAAUGCAGCAAAGGAAGCUUAUGAGAAGGCCCUAUUUGCCAAGACUCAGAAGACUAAUGCUAGGACAGAAGCGGAAAUAACGAUGUUUGAGAAUAACAUUAUUGUUUACAAGGUUGUCCAAGAUCUUCAUUUCUUUGUUACGGGAAGUGAAGAAGAAAACGAGCUUAUUCUAUCCACAGUGCUCCAAGCGUUCUUUGAUGCAGUUGGUAUUCUACUUAGGGGAAUUGUAGAAAAGAGCGAGGCACUUGAUAAUUUGGAUCUUAUUCUUCUGUGUCUGGAUGAAAUAGUUGAUGGCGGAAUUGUUCUUGAGACGGAUGCAAAUGUUAUUGCUGGUAAAGUUGCCAGUAAUAGCUUGGAUGCUGCAGCACCUUUGACCGAGCAGACCAUUAGUCAGGCAUUUGCUACUGCUCGCGAACAUCUUACCAGAUCUCUUCUGAAAUGAUGUGUUGAAAUAACCAUAGGGAAUGAACGAAGGAUCACCAUAUAUAGUAAAUGCUGAUAGGUGGUGCUCAUCUAUUUCAUGUGAGGAUAGCAACUUGUAUUGUGAAUAUAUAUUAAUCCUUUGUCCAACUUACCUAUAAUCUAUGGAUUUUUGCACCCAUUUAUUGAGGAUUUUUAUGACAUUAAGUUUACUGUAUUAUGUAGAUGACCAAACUCCCUUUGGUAUAUGCUCCAUUUUGGGUAAAAUUGUUUGUUUCA